AAGGUAGUUAGGUACUCUUUUUCAGAAACAGUGAGAGUGAGAGUCUUGGUGAAUCGCGCUGUUCCAAAUUCCAAUUCCAUCAUUUUCUUCGAUCUGAAAAUUCUGAACACUGUGUUGAGCUGAAAAACAUGGAUUCCGGUGGUGGAUACACUGUAGAAGUCACAGGUCUCUCACCCAAUGCCACUGAAAAAGAUGUCCAUGACUUCUUUUCUUUCUCUGGUGCCAUUCAGCAUGUUGAAAUUAUCAGGUCUGGUGAUUAUGCUUGUACAGCUUAUGUUACCUUUAAAGAUGCAUAUUCUCAAGAAACUGCAUGCUUGCUCAGUGGAGCCACUAUUUUAGAUCAACGUGUAUGCAUAACACGCUGGGGGAACUAUGAAGAUGCAUACGAUUUUUGGAACCGGCCCUCUUAUAGUCAUGAAGAGGAGAGAACUUCAACUACACCGCAUAGUAAUCAAUUUGUUUCCUCUGCUGGAGAAGCAGUCACUGUGGCUCAAGAAGUCGUGAAGACCAUGUUAGCAAAAGGAUAUGUUCUCAGUAAAGAUGCAUUAACAAAGGCUAAAGACUUUGACGAGUCCCAUCAGGUUUCUGCCACUGCAACCGCAAAGGUUUCUGAACUGAGCCGGAGAAUUGGCCUCAGUGAAAAGAUAUCAGCAGGUGUUGAAGCUGUUAAAUAUGUGGAUCAGAUGUAUAAUGUCUCUGGAACAACCAAGGCAGCUGCUUCCGCGACAGGAAGAUCAGUAGCGUCGGCUGCAAGCACUGUGGUCAAUAGUAGCUAUUUUUCAAAGGGAGCCUUGUGGGUGUCAGGUGCUCUAACCCGAGCAGCUCAAGUUACUUCUGAUUUGGGUACUCGUGGUGGCAGGCAGUAAGACUUUGAAACAAUUCCUCUCUUGUAUAUCUUGCAUAUAUGUUUGCAUUUGUUAAAUAGCUUUUGUAACUCUGGUUAAUAAAUUGUUAUACUGUUGCAGUAGCUAGUGCAUGUAACUAAGAAUAUAUAUGUCUAGUGUGCACCUAAACAGAUCACCAUGAAAUUAAACCUUCGCUAGCUCUACUUAACACCACCUACAUAUAAGAUAUUUCUAUUAAUUGCAUAAGUUAUUUUCUUUUAAAAGCUAA